AUGUCGGCUACCGCCCAGAACCUCUCCUAUGGCGCAGACAACUUCUACCGCAGUGACAGUGUCACCCUGCGGCCGAUCACAUUCAAGAACCAAUACCAGAUGACGGUGGCCGGCAACCUCUUUGUCCCCCGCAGCCAGAACCUGACCCGCAGCGGCGAUGCCCCAGCUAUCAUUGUGGGCCAUCCGAUGGGCGCCGUGAAGGAGCAGAGUGCGAACCUGUAUGCCACCAAGCUGGCGGAACAGGGAUUCGUGACCCUAUCCCUCGACCUCCAGUUUUGGGGCGGAAGCUCCGGGGAGCCGCGUAAUGCCGUGUCGCCCGAUCUAUACGCCGAAGCCUUCAGCGCCGCGGUCGACUACCUCGGCACGCAGAACGUGGUCGCCGUCGACCGCCAGCGCAUCGGUGCAGUGGGCAUCUGUGGCAGUGGUGGCUUCGUCAUCAGCGCGGCCAAGAUUGACCCGCGCAUUCGGGCCAUUGCCACCGCAAGCAUGUACGAUAUGGGCGCCGUCAACCGCAACGGGCUACGUCACUCCCAGAGUCUCACCGAACGCCAGGCCAUCAUCAGUGACGCGGCACAGCAGCGCUGGACCGAGCUGGAGGAUCCCAGCCAGACUAAGUACACCAGCGGCACUCCAAAUGAGUUGACGCCCAGCACCGACACCGUCGGGCGUGAAUUCUAUGACUUUUACCGCACCUCCCGCGGCGAGUUCACCCCCGCCGGAUCAACCCCCGAGCUCACCACCCACCCUACUCUAACCAGCAACCUCAAGUUCAUGAACUUCUACCCCUUCAACGAUAUCGAAUCGAUUGCCCCCCGUCCAUUGCUGUUCAUCGCCGGCGACCAAGCUCACUCCCGCGAGUUCAGCGAGGAUGCGUACGCCCGCGCCGCCCAGCCAAAGGAGCUGCUCUGGAUUCCUGGCGCCGGCCAUGUCGACCUUUACGAUCGCGUGGAUCUCAUCCCCUUUGACCGUCUCACUCGGUUCUUCCAGACGAACCUCGCCCGGAAUGGGACUGCUUCUAGCACUCGUUGA